GAAGAGCCCACACCAUGGAACUCACUCUUAUAUGGCUUCUGAUUGUGUUGAGCUUGUGUUCCCACUCUGGAGUCGCUGCAGAGCGACCCACGGCUGUUGUGUCCCUGAGCCCUAAGUGGAGUCCAGUGUUCAGUGGAGAGAGCAUCACUCUCACCUGCAGCAUACAGGGAGAGUCCUCAUCAGACUGGAGAUACCGCUGGUACAGAGGAGACCAGCAGCUUCACCCACAGAGAGGCUGGAGUGACAGUGAUAGAUACAGACUGCAGUCUGUGCAGGAGGACCACAGCGGGGACUACAGCUGCCAAGGAAGCAGACAAGAAGAUGCAAAGGAGUCAUAUAUGAGUGAGGGUGUUACCCUGACUGUUUUAACCCUGCCCACUGCUACACUGACCAUAGAGCCAGAGAGUCCUGUGUAUGUUGGAGAGGAAGUCACUCUGAAGUGUAAGAUACAGUCUGAGGGUGACUGGGCGUAUAAGUUGUUUAAAGGGUCCAGCAGUGAUCAUCUCUCUCAGUCUGACACCAACACACUGACCAUCACAGCAGCAGCCAAGUCUGAUGAGAGUCAUUACUGGUGUCAGGGAGAGAUGAGGGGCAGAGCUGUGUCUUCACUGAUGAGUGGAAGUGUUUAUCUUACUGUUAAAGCCCUGCCUACACCUACACUGAGUGUGCAGCCAGAGACUCACGUGUUCACUGGAGAGGACGUCACUCUGAAGUGUGAGAUUGAGUCUGAGGGUGUCUGGAAGUACAAGUGGUAUAAAGAAUGGGACAGAAAUGUACUUACUCUGGGGGACACCAACACCUUCACCAUCAGAGGAGCUGCUGAGUCUCAUAAAGGCCAGUACUGGUGCCAGGGGGAGAGGAGAGACAGACCCACAGCAUCACAACCAAGCAGGAGAAUAACUCUUGACGUCAAAGGUUACUAUUGCGUGCAUGAGUGUGUGUAUGGAUCUCUGCCAACAGCUAUAGUAACUGUAGACCCUCCUGAGGGUCCAUACUACCCUGGAGAUGAGAUCACUCUGAGGUGUGAUAUAGCAGGGCACACAGACUUUCAGUAUAACUGGUACAGAGGUAGUGAUUCCAUUCACUAUCAGAAUAGUCAAUCCAUCACCAUUUCCCUCCCUGAUCGAGCUGGAAAGUACCAGUACACAUGUGAUGGUAGAGGAAACGGGCCAAAGACUUCCCAGCGUAGUACACCUGUCUCUGUCAGUGUAACAGAUUUUCCAGUGCCUACUCUGACAGUACAACCCAGCCAUGUGUUCACUGGAGAAGCAGUCACUCUGACAUGUAUACAGCCUUCAACUGGCUGGACAUAUGCAUGGGAUACACCCCCAUCAUCCAGAGCCUUUGAGACAAACAGCAACAUCUACACCAUCAGCAGAGCCUCUGUGUCUGACCAGGGGGAGUAUAAGUGCUACGGAGUGAGAGAGAGAAGCAGGAAACCAUCACGUUCCAGCAACACUGUUCAGCUUAUAGUAAAAGCGCUGCCUUUGGCUACACUGACUGUAGAGCCCCAGAGUCCUGUGUUCACUGGAGAGACGGUCACUCUGAAGUGUGUGAUAGAGUCUCUCAGUGGCUGGACAUAUAAGUGGUAUAAGGAGUCCAGCAGAACCCCAGUGUCUGAGGGAAACAUCUUCACCAUCAGAGGAGCUGCUGAGUCUCAUAAGGGCCAGUACUGGUGUCAGGGGGAGAGGAGAGACAGAUCCAUAUUAUCACAACCAAGCAGGAGAAUAACUCUUGACGUCAAAGCUUCAAAGCCAAAACUCACAUUAAGUCCUGCUCACCAGCUCCUCACAGGAGACUCAGUGACUCUGAGAUGUGAGUUGGGUGUUUCCUCUGGUUUGGUGUUCUACUGGUACAGAGACACACAGACCUCUGAUCCUGUGGCCCAGACUGAUGGAGACUCCUACAGUAUCAGCUCUGUUAAAGUUUCUGAUGGAGGACAGUACUGGUGCAGAGCUGGGAGAAGAGACCCAGUCUACAAUACUCAAUAUAGUGAUGAAGUAGUAGCUGAAAUAAAGUUUACAGGUGUGUCUCUGGCUUCUGUGAUGAUCCCUUCAAACUGGACCCAGAUCUUCACAUCUGAGCCUCUCUCCCUGAGCUGUGGGGUUCAGGGCAACUCUACUGGAUGGAGACUGAGAUGGUUCACAGGCAGAGGAGGAGAAUCAGAGUGUCCCAAUGACUGGAGAUCAGAAACAGGAUCCAGCUGCAGCAUCAGCUCAGCAGCUCCAUCAGACAGUGGAGUGUACUGGUGUCAGUCUGAGUCUGGAGAGCAGAGUAACCCUGUCAACAUCACAGUGCACAAUGGAGAUGUGAUCCUGGAGAGUCCUGUCCAUCCUGUGACUGAGGGAGAUUCUCUGACUCUGCGCUGUAGAUAUCGCUACCAGAUAUCUAACAUCAGAGCUGACUUCUAUAAAGAUGGGACACUCCUGCAGACCUCCACCACAGGAGAGAUGACCAUCCCUACAGUCUCCAAGUCACAUGAAGGCCUCUAUAAGUGCAGCAACUCAGAGAGAGGAGAGUCACCAGAGAGCUGGAUCACAGUCAGAGAUGCUAGGUCCUCUGGGUCCUCUAAGUUUGUGGUAGCAGUGGGUGUGGUGAUCGGACUGCUUUUUGCCUUGGCUCUGGUCAUUUUACUAGUCCUGCUGCUGUACCGCUCCCAGAAAGCAAAAGGGUCAUUUUCAGUGACACCAAACCCUGGUCCUGGUUCACAGCAAAGGGAAAAAAACAGUGGUCACAGUUCAACCUCACAGAAAAGAGUUUAAGGUGGUGCUGUGGCUGGAACCUGUGAUGGUCAUUGGCGAGACUUGAAGAAUACAGACAAGGAAAAGAAAGACGGACUGUAAUGUAGAAUGCACAUGUUAUGCAUUUUCAAGACAUCUUAUUAGUAUGUUGAAUGCAGAGUAUGUAUUAUUAAAUAAUCUGUUGUGUGACUGUGACCUGUUUGUUUUUACACUUGUUCCAGCCAAGAGUAUAGGCUACAACUGUAUGUCAGACAGACACUCCUCUAACACUCUAAACAGGCAAACUUUGUUGUGAUUGUGUGUGUUAAUUGUGAU